CUUCCCUCAGCGGAAGUUGUUGUGUUCUUGUGUAACUUGAAACGGUUUCGGUGAUUGUUGAGAAACUACAGAAACUAACGGAUGUUUUAACGUACCCCGUGUCUCUGUGGAGCCUCGGUUCGACCUCUUUUAAAGGAACUACUUUAUCUUCCGCUGCAGAUUGAAGGGAAACGGCGGAUUUAUCAACUUCGGGAAGGUUUUUGUUCGGCCGCUGAGAGGCGGAAGUUCCGGUCAAAGGUCCCAGAACCGGAACAUCAACACAGCAGCAAAGAAAAGCAGAAGACGGUUACCCGCCUCCGGUGUCAGGUCUUCCAGCUUGCGGUUACCCUCCUCCGGUAACCGGUACUCUCCUCCCCGCUCCGCUCCGACAUGCUCUCCGUGCUCUUACCGGGGGCUCUCUGCCUGCUCCUCGGCCGCCUCUCCGGCUCUUCACCGGCAGACAUUCCGCACAUCGCGGCGUACUUCGGCACCAAGACCCGGUACGAGGACGUGAACCCGCGGCUGCUGCAAGACGUUCUGUCCGUGAACAUGUCGGUCCUGAUGCCGCCGCCCACCGAGCGCUGCUCCCCGGUCCACCUCACCGCCGUCAUCCGCCACGGCAGCCGCUACCCGACCGUCAAGAACAUCCGCAGGAUCCACAGACUGAGCGAGCUGGUCCGGACCGAGGCGGCCAGAGGCUCCGAGGGCUGGCUGCGGGACAUCCAGAGCCGCUGGGAGGCCUGGUACACCGAGGACAUGGACGGUCAGCUGGUGAUGAAGGGCAGGGAGGACCUCCUCCACCUGGCCGUCCGUCUGUCCGUCUUGUUUCCGUCUCUGCUGUCGGAGGAGAACGUGAGGAAGAGGAUGGUGUCCUUCAUCAGCAGCUCCAAGCACCGGUGUGUGAGCAGCGUGGAGGCGUUCCAGGACGGGCUGCGGCGCCGCGGUCGCCACGACGCUCCUCCAGAGUACGACCACCAGCUGGAUGACGAGCUGAUGCGCUUCUUUGAGCGUUGCCGUGGUUACGUGGAGGGCGUGGAGAACAACCGCACGGCGCUGAUGGAGGUGGAGAAGUUCCAACAUGGAGAGGAGAUGGAGGCUGUCCGGAGGAGGAUAGCUGAGAGGCUGGGCCUUCCUCAGCACCGCCUCACACCAGAUCUGGUGGAAGCCGCCUUCUUCCUGUGUUCCUACGAGCUGUCCAUCAGGUCCGUCCAUUCUCCGUGGUGUUUCCUGUUUGACGAGAGCGAUGCUAAGGUUCUGGAGUACCAGUCAGACCUGAAACAGUACUGGAAACGCUCUCAUGGUCAUGUGAUCAGCGGUCUGUCCAGCUGUCCGCUCUUCCAUCACGUCUUCAGGACUCUCGAUAAAGCCGGACGUCCUCGCAGGUCCACCGAUGCGUCUCCGGAGCCGGCCUCCAUCUUGGUGGGUCACGCUGAGACGCUCCUCCCCCUCCUCUCCCUGCUGGGACUCUACAAGGACCAGACUCCGCCCACAGCCAGCAACUACCAAUCACAGCACGGUCGGACAUUCCGGACGAGUCGGAUUGUCCCGUACGCCGCCAACCUGCUAUUCAUACUGUUCGAUUGCCAGCGAGGUCCGCGGCUGCAGCUGCUGGUCAACGAGUCACCGGUUCGAUUCCCGGGGCUGCAGGAUGACGCUCCGCUGUACCGCGACGUCCGGGCUGCCUACCGCCACCUGCUGGACGGCUGCGACUUCCACAGGGAGUGUGAGGGGAGGUCCGGGGGCCGGGGCCCCAACACUGAGCUCUGAGGGCCCUGAGCUCUGAGGGCCCCGACCUCUGAGGGCCCCGACCUCUGAGGGCCCCGACCUCUGAGGGCCCCGAGCUCUGAGGACCCCGACCUUCGGACUACCAUGGCCUUAACACACCUGUUGGACCAAGCCCCGCCCCCUCACGGCCACUGUCCAAUCACAGUCUGAACUCCAGUGUCUCAUGUUUCAGCUGAAGUCCUGCAGAAACAGAAUUAUGGAAAAUAAUCUAUUUAUAAAACCUAAACCAUCAUGUAUCCUCAGAUGUUCUUCUCUGGACUGAGGUCUCCUCAGAAUUUCUUCUCUGGACUAAAGUCUCCUCAGAUGUUCUUCUCUGGACUGAGGUCUCCUCAGAUGUUCUUCUCUGGACUGAGGUCUCCUCAGAUGUUCUUCUCUGGACUGAGGUCUCCUCAGAUGUUCUUCUCUGGACUGAGGUCUCCUCAGAUGUUCUUCUCUGGACUAAAGUCUCCUCAGAUGUUCUUCUCUGGACUGAGGUCUCCUCAGAAUUUCUUCUCUGGACUAAAGUCUCCUCAGAUGUUCUUCUCUGGACUGAGGUCUCCUGCAGAUGUUCUUCUCUGGACUGAGGUCUCCUCAGAUGUUCUUCUCUGGACUGAGGUCUUCUCUUCCUGUAGAUGUUUUCUAUCUCCAGUAGCUGUGAUGAGAAUCUUUCUUACAGAAUCGUUUUAUCUUUAGUGGAGUUGAUGAAGUGGUUUCAGGCUCAGGUUUGGUUCCUCAUGGAGGUUUAAAUCUGGAGGUUCUUCUGUUUUGUUUCUGGCGGAUCGUCGUCGUACUGCUGGUUUAUUUCUGAAGAUGAGAUGAUGUUCUGACCUGCUGUGGGUUUUAGUUCAGACAGUUUUUCUUCUGUCAUUUAAAUCCUGGUCUUUAAAGGAUUUGUUUCUCCAACUGAACUCUGUAGAUUCAGGAUUUCUUCGGUUAGAAGCAGCAGAACUGAAGGAACCUAAAGCAGGAUGAGAACGUCUAGAAGCUCAGAGAAGAUCCAGCCUGCAGUAGAUCAGGUGGAGCAGACCAGGAGUGGUGCUGUUAGUCUUAAUUAUUGCCUUGGAGCUGAUGGAGGAAGCAGCUUCAUCCUUAAUUUAUUCACCUUUUAUCAUGACUCUGAUCUUCAGAUGUUUUCCACGUCUUUGUGCCAAAAUUGUGACUUUUGCGGGUUUCUUUGAUCAAACUGGUUUUACUGGUGAACAGCUUUAAUAAAAAGUUUUCACACUUCA